UAUUUAUUUUUUCCCUUUUUUUUCUCUUGUCCCCCACCUUUUCACUCCCAACCCCAUUCUCUCUCUCAACUCCAUUUAAUCGCCCCCGUGAGAUCCGUCCCCUUCACAGAGAGAGAGAGAGAGAGAGAGAGAGAGAGUAUUAGGGUUUGGCUCCGCGAGUUUCUUGCGAUCGAGGGAGAGCGAUCGAAUAGGGUUCUGGAUUCGAUUUGGAUCGCGGUGAUUCGUUCCCCAUGAUGGGUUUUGGGGGCGGGGAGGUCGUCUAGGGUUUCUGAUUCGUGUGCCGACGGGGGGCUCAGAGGGAUGUGUUUUCCCCACAUUUGACAUAGUAUGUAAACAUUUUCUAGCUGCAAAGCAUCUUAAGUCCUUAACAAGCCUUAUUGAAGACAUUUCGGCAUAAAUGUCGUUCCGAAGUGUAGUUCGGGAUGUUAGAGAUGGCUUUGGGAGUAUAUCAAGGCGGAGCUUUGAGGUCACCAUUGCGGGGCUUGCUAGCCUAACGGGUCAUCAUAGAGGAAAGGCUCAGAGUAGUGUGCAUGAGCUGCAUGACCCAACUCCAGUUGUUCAGCAUAGUCGGUGGGCUAGCCUUCCUCCCGAAUUGCUUCGUGACGUGAUUAAGAGAUUGGAGGCGAGUGAGAGUAAUUGGCCUUCUCGCAAGAAUGUUGUUGCCUGUGCGGCUGUUUGUAGGUCCUGGAGAGAAAUGUGUAAAGAGAUUGUUAAGAACCCGGAGUUUUGCGGGAAGCUCACUUUUCCUAUCUCCCUUAAACAGCCUGGGUCUCGAGAUGCGCCUAUUCAAUGUUUCAUUAAGAGGGACAAAUCAAAAUGGACUUACCGUCUCUACUUGUGUCUUAGCUCUGCUGUGCUAGAUGAAAAUGGGAAGUUCCUCCUAUCGGCUAAAAGAUAUCGCAAGGCAACUCGCACCGAGUACGUAAUUUCCAUGGAUUCAGGCAAUGUAUCGAGAUCAAGCAACAAGUACAUUGGAAAACUGAGGUCAAAUUUCAUUGGAACGAAGUUCAUAAUUUAUGAUACUCAGCCCCCAUACAAUGGUGGGGCCGCCGCCCUUUGCCCGCCGGCCGGCCGCACGAGCCGCCGCUUCACCUCCAAGAAAGUGUCCCCCAAAGUCCCUACUGGCAGCUACAACAUUGCCCAGGUGACCUACGAGCUGAACGUGCUUGGCACGCGGGGCCCGAGGCGGAUGCACUGCAUCAUGUACUCCAUCCCGGCCUCCGCCCUAGACCCAGGGGGCUCGGUCCCCGGACCCCCCGCCGACGAUCUCGGCCCGCGCCUCCUCGAGGAGUCCUUCCGCUCCACCGUCUCCUUCUCCAGGUCCUCCCUCGGCGACCAUUCCGGCGACUAUUUUACAAGCGCGCGGUUCUCCGACAUUGCCGGAGGGGAGAGAGACGACGACGGAUUAGACGGACUGGUAAAGGAGCGGCCGCUCAUCCUCCGCAACAAGGCCCCGCGGUGGCACGAGCAGUUGCAGUGCUGGUGCCUCAACUUCCGAGGCCGCGUAACCGUCGCGUCAGUGAAGAACUUCCAGCUGAUCGCGGCCGCCCAGCCGACGCCAGGGGGCCCCGCGCCGUCGAACGACCACGACAAGAUCAUCUUGCAGUUCGGCAAGGUCGGGAAGGACAUGUUCACGAUGGAUUACCGGUACCCGUUGUCAGCGUUCCAGGCUUUUGCGAUCUGCCUGAGCAGUUUCGACACCAAGUUGGCUUGUGAGUAGAACAAUGGAUUUGCAAAAAAAAAAAAAAGAUAAAAUAAAAAAAAAGUGAUUUUUAAGAAAUAGGGUAAAUGUCUUCGCCCGAGAUCGAUGUAUGUUUGCCGUAUGUUGUUGUACAUUUCGAAAUCAAUCUUAGUCGUCGGUGUGCGUGAUCUUGUUGUAAGCUGGAACUGGGAAUUGUGGGGCAUUUUAUUUUAAUCUCUCUCUCUCUCUCUCUUUCUCUCUCUCUCUAUUGUUUUGCUCGAUCUGGUGGUAAUGUUCCAUCUUUCUGUC